AGGACGGCUCCUACCGAACCCGGGACCAACUCACUUCCAAAUGGAGCCACAUCAACAAAAAAGUCCGAAAGUUUAUGGGAGUUUACGAGGGAUGCUCCCGGUCCCGGAGGAGCGGCACGAACGACGCCGAUGUUCUCCGGCUUGCCACGACCCGGUAUCAAGACGACGGGAACCAAGGCAAGGCCCAUCGAUCUUUGGAGGAUUUUGAGUCGUUCCCCGAAGUGGCAACAACUCAACAAUCCCGACGGCGGAUCGUUCCGGAAAAGAUCCACCGUCGACGCCGAGGUUGAGGUCGACGAGACUAUCGGUUCUAGCGAUCAAAUCCCUCCCUUCAACGUUGCGGAUUCCAAUGACGAGGACCCCAUUCCAAGGCCGAUCGGAAGAAAGAAGGCAAAAUCCAUUGCCUCGGGUUCGGGAGGGUCCGCCUCUGUUUCCGCUUCUCCCCGCGACGAAAUCCGCCGGGCAAUGAUUGAACAACUUCGGGCGUUCAAUCUCCAAGAACAAGAGAGGUUGAAGCUAAAGGAGAAGGAGUUGAAGCUAAAGGAGCAGGAGGCUGAGAUGAAAGUCAUGCAAACCGACCCCGGGACGUUGUCGGAGUUUGGACGAAUGAUCUAUGAGCAAAGAAUGAGAGAGAUCAAGGAGAAAUAUAAUUUACCUUAGUUUUUUAUUAAUGUAUCGUUUUUUAAAUUAUUGACGCUUUUUUUAUUUAAUGAAUGUAUUUUUUUAUUAUUCGUGUUUCAAUUUAAUUAAAUAAUAAAUUAAUUACAUUUUAUUAAUUUAAUUUUAGAAGAUGUGUAUUUAAAAAUGUAAAAAAUGAAGGUUUGAAGCCCAG